AUGGGCACAUUUCAAACUUCACGGAAAUAGAAGGAAGGCGCCAGGAGGGGAACUUCACUUUAGGAUUUACAGCCGGCUGCAUACUUUAACGAGUUAUGGAUCUGCUUAGCAAAAUUGUCCUCCUGUCCACUCUCCUUAUAAUCGUUGAUUCUGCCCCACCGACUUGUUAUUCGGCUGUUUUGAGAUUAAGCAAAGGAAUUAUGGUGUCAAUGGAAAGAUUAGAGAAAAUUCCUGUCACGAGACGUUGCGUUGCCCACUUGCCCAAACUAUACAUUGAUGUGCACAACGCUUGCGUGUUGGUCAAACUUCGCGAUCACAUCUAUGCUUUGGAAAAUCUCAUCACUCCCGAAUGCAAGGAAUUAAAAAGAAUUGCUUUUCUGAAAUUCCGUAUUACGCGUUUGUAUACUAUGAUCAGCCGACUCUGCCACCGGGAUCUUGUGUUUUUCACUGAUGAUUGCCCGGCACUAGAACGGCCUCCACCUCCUGAACCUCAAGAAGACAACUUAAAGUGAAUCCUUUGGGUUUACAGAUUCCGUGGUAUCACGUGUUUUGUAUUAUUCCAACAGUCUUUCCAUACGAAAACCCACCGCAUUAUUUUAACCACAGAUCAUUUGUUUUAGUAGGAUAGUGCAGACUUGGAUUGCAUAAAACCUUUUGGUAUAUUGUAUUCAAUGAUUUAAUCAGUUUAUGUGUUAUAUGAGAGGUAUAGUGUGGCACUGGACCAAAACAAUUUUGGCUCUCUGAUUAUUGCUGGAUUGUACAAAAGUGAGUGAACAAUAUUAGCAAAAUAAAUGACUAUGUUUCAAUUUGCAGUGUAUUCUU